AUGGCCUUCGAGCCACUACGCGGCUCAUGCUCUUGUGGCCGCAAUGAAUACCAGAUCAAUAUUCCGGAAGAUGUGACAGACCAUGCCGAGGUGUAUUUUGACAGCAGCCGAGAUAACCGUCGAUUUCACGGCACUCCAAUCUCAGCAUGGCUACGCGUGCCUCUUGAUUGGUACCAAUCCUCCACUCGCUCCUUCUUUGAGGGCGAAUCACACUCUUCUAUCCGCCGCAGCUUCUCACCCCGCCAUGCACCACAGACCCAGCGUAUCUUUUGUGGUUUCUGCGGUACACCAUUGACAUUCUGGACCGAAGAACCCCUCCACGAAUCUGAAUUCAUGUCUAUUUCAAUCGGCAGUCUUCUGAUAGAAGACCAGCGGGCAUUGGAUGAUCUCGGUCUACUUCCCGAAGACUUCGACGACGAAGAAGCCCCCGUGCCGCGGGCACCCGCGCAGACUACUUCAUCUUCGGUUAUCAUUCCUUCUUUCGAGGAUUCAACGAGUUUCCCGGAUAUCUCAACGAGCUUGCAGCGUGGUAGAACCGGGGGAAUUCCUUGGUUUGAAGAGAUGAUGGAAGGCAGCCGCUUGGGUCGCUUGAUGCGUUCACGACGCGGUAUGGGAAUCAGUGACGACCAAUCUACCUCGAUACAGUGGGAGUUCAGUGAAUGGCAUGAUGACGGAACUGGUGGAAUUGUGCAACAGGACUCGGACUCGAGCGGGCGUUCGAGGGCCAAGAGAAAACGUGUGACUCGGGCUGAUGCUGAGAUCCAGUCACCUUCGAAACGAGUCGAGUGA